GCUUCUUCUAUUCAAACACAGCUUGCACUGACUCGGGCUGUGAAGCUCUGGGAUUCUCUUGUGUUGUGCUGGAAAGCUCUGGCUCGUGCGAUGCUACUAACGACACCUUGUGUGGAAAAGGCUGCACAUGCUGCCUAAAUACUUCUACUUGUGUCACACUACCUGCCUGCGGAGAUGCUGGCGGGUCGUGCAUUUCUCCUUCUGAAUCGGGCAACUGCACAGGUGUUCUCGACCCCAAUGGCUGCUUUGGAGACAGCUGCUCCUGUUGUAUGGGAGGUUGCGACGAGACGAACAAGUGCACAGCUGCCGGAGGCUACUGCUUCCGAAAGGACGGUCCCCACGUGUGCCCUGGGAAGGCCUUCAAAUUCUGUGGUAAUGGGAACUGUCGCUGUUGUGUGGAUCCUCACGGGCACGGGCACGGACACGGGCAUGGACAAGGCCACGGACACGGGCAUGGGCACGGCCACGGGCAUGGUCGGUAACGGAGAGGAUUCAAACGAAAGUGGCUAACCCUUGCAACCAGAUGAGUGACAACUGGGGUUGUCCACUGCUAGACUGAGAACCAUUUAUUAUGAUUACUAAUUUGACUGAAAACAUUCUUUUCAUCCUAAUUAUAAAUUGAAGAAUCUUAAAUUGAAAACUUUUGUUAUUUCUUAAAUAUGUUUUAUGAUUAUUCUGCAAAUAAAUUUAGCAUGCAAAA